AUGAGCAGUAAUCAAACCAUUGCUCGAAUCACAGGAGAUACUUCAGACAAAUACGCUAAAGCCAUGAAUGAACUUGAGAUGUAUCCCAGCGGUUCGAAACACACUUGUUAUCAUCACAAACGAGAAAGUGAAAAAACUGCUCAAUGGGAUAAACCUAAUACAAAACCUGGCUUGAUUUAUCUUCUAGUGGGAAGUGGUAUACUUGCUGUCUCUAUCAUUGCAGGUGUUAUUAUGUACAUCAAGUAUCGGAACAACCGAAAUCGUCAUUAA